AUGUCGGACGAGGAGGAAUACUAUGAUGAGGACAACAGUGGUCAGGAAGAGGAUUACGGUAAUCAAGAAGAUUACGGUAAUCAAGAGGAUUACGGAAAUCAGGAUGACUACAGUAAUCAACAGGAUUACGGUAACCAGCAGCAAUAUGGCUAUGGCAAUAAUGAUCAGCAAUACGAUCAAAAUGAUUAUGGAGGUGGAUACGGUAACAAUCAACAGCAGCAAUAUGGCUAUGGCAACAACGAGGAGCAAUACGAUCAAAAUGAUUAUGGAGGUGGCUACGAUGAGUCCGAGGAGCCGGAAGAAGAGGAUCCAGAGGAUCCCGAACCAGAAGAUCAAGACAUCGAUUAUUCAGAUGACGUGGAGAAUUCGGAAGACGUCGUUGACGACGAAGAGGAAGAGGACGAUGGAUACACUCAAGUCGCCGCGCAUACCAAUCAAGCAUCGGAUGGAAAUGAGGGAGGAAAUAAUGAGUCCCAUGGAAUGGGAUCACUGAUUAAAGGCGCUAUGGAUGGCUUCGGUGGUGGCGGUUUCGACGGUGUCGUCGGACAAAUCGGCUCGCUGAUCUCCGAAGGGGGCGGAGCUUCCGGAGGUGGUCUCUCCAACAUUUUCUCAUCUGGAGGCAUGGAAUCAAUUGUUGGGAAUCUCAUCUCAACGGCGUCCCAUCAAUUUUUCGGAAUCAAUCCAGCGACAGGAGCCAUCAUUGGAGCCAUAGCUGGAAAUAUCAUAUUCCAGAUGGGCGGUACCAAUAACUCGUUGAGUUCCAUCGGAAAAGUGGUCCUGGAUAAUAUUAUUUCGGGAAAAUUCAAGAGGGAUAUUCAACCAUUUACCCCAGGAGGAGGGGGACCACCGGGUCUCGGAUUCCAGCAGCAAUUCCAGCCAAUUAACUUCCAGGCUGAAAGACAGAGAUGCCUAGAUCAGCGGGUCUUGUUCGAAGACCCACAGUUUCCAGCCAACAAUUCUUCGCUCUACUAUAAGACGCCUCCAGAAGACCCGAUUGUUUGGAAGCGUCCCGGAGAGAUUUACGAGAAUCCACAGCUAAUUGUUGGUGAAAAAUCAAGAUUUGACGUCAAACAAGGAGCUCUAGGGGACUGUUGGCUCCUGGCGGCAGUGGCAAACUUGACCCUUCGAGAUGAGCUCUUUUAUCGUGUCGUCCCGCCGGACCAAUCGUUUACCGAGAAUUAUGCUGGAAUUUUUCACUUCCAGUUCUGGAGAUACGGUCAAUGGGUGGAUGUGGUCAUUGAUGAUCGGCUGCCUACUGUAGAUGGUCGUUUAUGCUAUAUGAGAUCACAGGAGAAUAACGAGUUCUGGAGUGCCUUGUUGGAGAAGGCGUAUGCUAAACUCUACGGCGGCUACGAGCAUUUGGAUGGUGGAACCACUGCCGAGGCUCUUGAGGAUUUCACAGGAGGCCUGACUGAGUUUUUUGAUCUGGAAAAAGGCGACAAAUCGACGAUUCUGGCAAUGCUGGUCCGUGGAAUGCAAAUGGGAUCUCUGUUUGGAUGCUCAAUCGACGCUGAUGAGAAUGUUAAAGAGGCUCAGUUGACAAAUGGUCUGGUUAGAGGACAUGCCUACAGUAUUACGGCCAUUCAAACUGUCAAUACUUACUCGGGUCAAACCCCACUGCUGCGCAUCCGCAAUCCAUGGGGAAACUCGAAAGAAUGGAAUGGUGCAUGGUCUGACGGUGCAUCAGAAUGGAAUCAAAUCGAUCCAUCCCAACGGGAACAAAUGAAUGUGCAAUUUGCAAAAGAUGGAGAAUUCUGGAUGAGUUUCGACGAUUUCAUGUCCAAUUUCACCCAGAUGGAGUGUUGUAAUCUGUCUGCAGAUGUGAUGGAUGAGAUUUCCGAAAUGACUGGUGUGGAGUUUUUUUGGCUCAUUUCGAAGCUCCCAUCUUCCAAUUUUCAGAUUCACGACAAGCAACGUCACCAAUGGGUCGAAAAGCAAGAGGACGGAGAGUGGAACUCUCGUCAAGGCACCGCCGGAGGCUGUCAAAACAACGACACCUACAUUCAGAAUCCACAGUAUGCCACGGCGUUCCAAGUACCACAGGAUGCUGUAGAGCACGAUGGGAAGUGUACAGUAAUUGCGGCGGUUUUGCAAAAGUAUAGAAGAGAGAUGAGAUCCAAGAAUUUGGAUAAUUUGCCGAUCGGAUUUUCGAUUUAUCGAUCGGAAGGGGGCGGUGGACCACUUCAAUCGAUCGCCGGACAGAAGCCUGUGGCACGGACCAAGGUCUUUAUCAAUAUGAGAGAGGUUACUGUACGCUUCCGCGUCCCACCUGGACAGUAUGUCAUCGUUCCGUGCACCUUUGACGCUUAUGAUGAUGCGUCGUUCCUGUUGAGAGUGUUCGCCAAUGCCGAGUUUCAGACAAAGUGA